GUCAGUCGCACGCCGGACAAUCGUCAUACACAAUAUCCACAUGCACGCAAAAAAUACACGACCGCACACACACACACACACACACACACACACACACACAUAUACACACGCGCGCGCGCGCACACACAUUGCAAGUCCACACACAUACACGCACAUACAUACACCAAUAACACUGCACGCUCGCGAACAAACGCACACCGGCCACUUAUCAUCGAUCCGCCGCCGCGUGUUAUCGUGCGCCGAUAACGUAUAGUGCUGUAAUAAGAUAAUGAUACGCGACUGUGAAUAAAAUAUUAUUAUAAAGUAUUACAUCUACGCGAUAUUGACAAAUAUUAACAAAUAAAAAUUAGGUUUUUGGAAUUUUUCGAGUUUCGUUCGUUUUUCGUGAUUGUCGUUCAAUUCGCUCGUCGUCGUCGUUUUACUCGGCCAGCGGGAAUUCGAGUUUUUUUUUUUCCCCGUCAGUAUCCCGUUUCGAAAAAUUAUUAUUUCCUCGUAUUCGUCGCCCGGGUUAUAAUCGGUUUGCAUUUUUUCGCGUGGUUUUUUAUCAACAUGUAUGCGUCAGGCGACGCAUCCGCCUAGGACUCUGGGUGAUCGCCACCAACUGUCCCUGCAAUACCAUCAUUAAUACCGCAAACACUACCGACGACGACGAUGAACGCGAUGACCACGGCACUGCUGUUCACUGCCGCAUGUUCGUUGCUGACUGUCGUUCCGGCCGCGUCUGGUUACAGGGCGGUUCGUACUUCCGGUCCGUUACCGGUGACUGUGCACGUCCGGUCCGGUGGUGUAGUCGCCGGCGGCUCGGCCGCCAAUAGAACUUUAGCCGGCGGAGUCGUUUUCCCAGCGUCGGUGGCGUCGUUGCCGACGAUGACGACCACAACGACCACCACGUCCACGUCGACCGCGGCUGUAGCGUCGGCUGCCAACGCCGCCGCAGCUGCUGCUGCCGGGUUUACGUCGUUUUCGACCAGCAGCUCGGCUUCUAACCAUACUGCCUCCCGGAAUCAGACGAGAUCUGAACGACUCAGAGCCAGAGAACAAUACUUGUUCAACGUCUUCGAAGUAAUCGUUUCCACAUUGGAGACGAAACUCCAGCGAAUAGAAAACCUAGACAAAGCUGUCGAGCACCUUAUGCGUCGAGUAGAAGCACUGGAUUCGAGAGUGACCAACAACAUCGACAAGACAGAAGCGGUAAUCGGAAAGUUGCGAUCGUUAGACACCAAGUUAUUCCAAAAGGAACCUGGCACCCUCGGACACCAUCUCGAGACUAAGCUAACGACAUUGGACCGUAAAGUUGGCGAAAUUGACACUAAGUUGGUCGGGUUGAAGAGUCAGCUGGAUAACAACUUCUUGGCACCCGCCGAUGACAUCAACGCCGAGGCGAGUGAAAAAAAACCCGUAAACGUCCACCAUCUGGACGUGACCAAGCUGCUAAAUACCCAGAUGGACACCAUUCGGAGCAAUACGGCCAAUAUCGACAGGAAGCUGCAGUUUCAUAUAAACAUGGUAUCGGACGGGCUGACCAAGAUUAUAAGCAUGGUGACGGAUGUGCACGGUGCUAUCGUUGAACAGGACAACAAUAGUAACAACCACCACCACGGUAGUGGUCGGUCGGGCGGCGGAAACAAGACGACCACCACUACAUCGGCACCGGCACCGGAGCGGAGCAACAAAAUCGAUCAGCUGGUCAGACAGAUGCAUCCGAUACUGAGCGUCAGCGAGAAAAUGGAUGAGGUAUGGAACGUGGUGGUCGGCACUAAGAGCUCGGUGGAUGACCUGGUGCCCAAGUCUGACGAGCUGCUGACUCAGACACAGCGCCAAGAACGGGCCAUUAGCGAUAUACAUGAUGACCUGCGCAUGAACACCAAUAAGAUCAUCGCUAACCUGGAUGUGGUGGAGCGCAGGCUGAAGAAACAGGAGGACGACGUGGUCACGUUAGCCCAGCGACCUGUGCCUGCCGAGAUGCUGCGCCUGGACCCGACCAUUGACGAUUAUUCCCGGUACGAUGAACAGUUGCAAUCCGAGUCCACGCCGCUUUCCGCCUCCGUGUCAUUUACCACUCCUACUAGUGUCGGUGGUAUUGGCGGUAUUGGUAGUCCUACGUCUGGUACACCGCCGGACGUCCAACAGUCAUUCCAGACUUCAAGGAACGUGCCUCAGAAAAACAGAGGAGUGGUGUUCCCGAGCGUCAAGAAUAAACCGCCACCGGCUAACAUCAGUUUCUUGACCGACCAAUUCAACCGCGAAGUUAAAGGAUUUUCGUGUUUAGACCUCUUAAACGCGGGAAUGAAGCAAUCUGGCGUGUAUUAUUUGCAAAUCCGAGGUACGGCCUACUGGUACCUGAAGGUGUACUGCGAACAAGAGAUUGCGGACGGGGGUUGGACGGUCAUACAAAGAAGAGACGAUAUUGGUGAUCCGAUACGUGAGAAUUUCAACAGGGACUGGACUGAUUAUAAAAAUGGAUUUGGUGACCCUACUAAAGAAUUUUGGAUGGGAAAUGAAAAUAUUUACAUGCUGACCAGUAAUGAUGAAUAUAUGUUGAGAAUUGAGUUGGAAGAUUUUGAAGGAAAUAGAAGGUACGCUCAAUAUUCACAUUUCAAAAUUUAUUCGGAAUCUGAAUACUACAAGUUAGAGAUUGAUGGAUAUGAGGGCAAUGCCGGAGAUUCACUGAAUGAUCCGUGGUACGGAAGUAAUAACAGUCCAUUCUCUACGUACAACAGAGAUAAUGAUAGAUCGAGUUUGAACUGUGCGUCGAUGUUAAAAGGAGGAUGGUGGUGGAAGUCUUGUGGCAGAGGACUCAAUGGAUUGUAUUUAAAUGAUCCACAAGAUUUAACAGCCAGACAAGGUAUCGUAUGGUUCCGCUGGAGAGGAUGGGAUUACACGCUGAAGAAAGCGCAAAUGUUAAUCAAACCAAAGGUCACCGUCAUUCCACCAUUACCUGUCGUUAACGCUGUUUGAGCGAAGAGGGAUAUUCGCAUGUCAUAUAUUAUAUAAAAAUAAAAUUGUAUUAAACGUUUGUAUUUAAAAAAAAAGUCUAUAAAAAAAAAAAUAACGAUAUAAGAAUCUUUGAUGAAAUAUUGUCGUGUUUUAAUUAGGCUCAAAUUCACUACUAUUUUAUGUUCUUCUAUUCACCUUAAGACGCAUCUUAGUACGUGCCUAUGAUGGCCUGAUUAUGUUUGGUCAAAUCAGAAGGCUUGAGGAUAAAAAUGUAAAAAUGUAUUUAUUUUGUAAAUAUAUUUAAAAAAAUGUGCCGUAUAUCAUAAUAUACAUAAUA